AUGGCUGGGUUUCUGCUAAAUCUCAAGGGCAAGGUCCAAAAGCCGGGAAAGGUUGGAGGUAGACCUUUCAAAAAGACAAAUCUCGAGACACUACAAAAGAAUGUUCUCGGUGACAAUGAAGAAAAAGAGGAUAAAGGCAAAACAUCCAUAGACUCGUUCCUGAAGAAAGGUGCCAUGGCAGGCGGCUCUGCUGUCAACGAAAAGAAACCGCUUGUUAUAAAACCUCAAAGACUUUCAAGGGGCCUUCUACGAAAGACUGAAAGGACUACUGAUCCGAAACCUGCUUCCGAAGAUGAAGCAAGACUGAGCCUUUUGAAAGGGGAGUCAUUCGACAAUGACUCUUCCAUGAUCAUCACUGGAAAUGAAGACAAUGAAAGUCUGGCAGACUACGAGCUGGUCCCAGUCGAUCUAUUUGGUGCAGCACUUCUACGAGGUAUGGGUUGGGAUGGUAGUGAUGCCCACAAGGAAGACAAAUCCCUCAGCCAUAGACAGAAAGGUGCGGUGCUUGGAAUAGGCUCCAAACCUUUGAAGGAGGAUCUUGAAAAGGACAUUAUGGGUGACCGAAACACUAAAUUACUGGCGCCACUAAAGAAACGUGAAAUGAGUUAA